AUGUGUAUCAUGAUACGGAAACCCAGUAUUGGUGUGAUUCCCGGCAGCAAGGAGGAUCCUCGUGUCUUAACUGAACAGAUGCGAGAGUUGAAAGAAGGUUUUCCCUCGUGCAAAUGUUCAAACUGCGACUCGGAAGCCGCUGAUUAUCUUGUCCAUAAUUUACCAAGAUUGUGCAAAGGGAAUUAUAAGCAAGCGAUGGAAGAUUUGUUUAAUGUUGAAGGUUUCACAUAUCCGAAAGAAAAAGAAGGCACAAAGGUUUCAGCAGACGAUGGCAAAGGAAGUGGUAGUAAGAGUGUAAAAAAAAAGCGAGGAGCACUCUUGGACCCUGCUCUGGAGGAGCUUGCAGAUGAGUUGGUUUACAUCUUUGAUCUUCAUUACCAAGAUAUAUUCGGGGAGGACGAUUACUGCGAAAGUACAGACUACUUUGGUCUUGAUGAAGCCAAAGGAAUAGUACAGUCACUUGAUAAUAUUACAUGUGCGUCUGAUGUUAAAAAAUUGAUGGGAGGAGAUUUACUUGUUGGAGGUGUAGAUACAGUGUUUAACUACAUAUCUGAUUGGAAGACUCGAGAUAUUGGGAUGGAAUACAAACAUCGGAGGAAGCAGAUCACAUUGGAAAUGAUAGCAGAAGAAGAAAAACAGUCAUCAAAGGAAUUAAAUAAGACUUCAAACCAGCCAGACCGUGUAAUUGUGCCUACACCUGGUAUAUCAAGACAGAAGAAAACAAGGAGAACAUCAGCUCAGGUUCUAGCAGAUAACAAGGCAGCAACACUCAAAAAAGAAUACAACAAACGUUGCUUGAAGUGGUUGAAAGAUAAAGUACCAGAAAACCGACUGGAUGAAAUGGAAUUGGCUUACCAAAAUUCGAUACAAGAGGCCAGUGGAAGCGUUCAAGGCGACCACGAGAAAAGUCUUCUCAAAGCUUCUUGA